GUAGCUUUUAAAUAACGCAGCGUGUAUUGGAUUAGGAUCCUAUCCAAUGGAAGUCAGCGAAGAAGGCACAAGGAGGGUGCAACCCCUCGCCCAAUCGGGUCUCUCUCGGGUUCCACCCCAAUACAUUCAACCUCUUCAUACCCGACCCAUUUUCCACACCCGAACCGAACCACGGAAUAUUCCUCUCAUCGACCUAUCGUUCUUCGACCCGACCCGCCGCGCCUCCACCCUUGAAUCAAUCGCAAGCGCCUGCCGCGACUGGGGCGCCUUCCACGUCACCAACCACGGCGUCCCUCUGUCACUCCUCGGCGCCAUUCGCCGCACUGGCCGCGCAUUCUUCACCGACUGCCCCAUGUCGCAGAAGCUCCGCUACGCCUGCUCCACGACUGCGUCGGAGGGCUACGGCAGCAAGAUGCUGGCAACCUCCGAUCAGCAGCAAGACGACGCGCAGGUCCUCGAUUGGAGGGACUACUUCGACCACCACACUCUCCCCCUCUCUCGGCGGAACCCUGAUCGGUGGCCGGAGUUUCCCCCCGAUUACCGGGACACAGUGGCGAGGUACAGCGACGAGAUGAAGAUUCUGGCGCAAAAGUUGCUGGCUUUGAUAUCUGAGAGUCUAGGGUUGCGUGCUUCGUGCAUUGAAGAUGCUGUUGGAGAAUUUUACCAGAACAUCACCAUUAGCUUCUAUCCUCCGUGUCCCGAACCAGACCUCACGCUUGGGUUGCAAUCGCAUUCUGACAUAGGUGCAAUCACGCUUUUGAUUCAGGAUGACGUGGAGGGUCUUCAAGUGCUAAAGAGUGGUGAUGGUGGUGUUGACAAGUGGGUUACUGUUGAACCCUUGUCAGAUGCUGUUCUUGUCCUCUUGGCUGACCAAACUGAGAUGUUGUUAUUAGGUCUUUUUGGGGCCGGUUUUCAAUCAUAAUUGAAGUUUUAUCUCGGUAAUCUAUACUGGUAUUUAGUUGUUACCUCUGAUGAGACAAGGCUAUUGAAUAAUAGGACUAGGGGUGUGUUUGGGAUAUAUAACAUUGGGUUGAAAGUAACCCACGUUUUCCCUAAUCCACCUAUACAGCUCCUUCUCUAUUUUCAUCUUCCAAAUGUGUGAAGGGAUUCUUAGUGUUUGUCAAACGCCAAACCAAACACACACUAAGAGCAUCCGAAGAGAAAAAAAGUACUUGCAAAAAACUCUCAGACUUAUUCUUAUUGAGUGAAAUUUGGUUGAAUUUCAGUGAUCACAUUUUCCCAUUUGGGUUUACUCCCAAACUAGUGGGAGCUAGGUGAGUUUCAACUGAUAGAAGAAAGAGGGAUAGAAAAUUUUUUAAGAAAAGAAUGUACUGAUAGUAUGCCUCUAAUAUGAAAUAAGUGGGUUGGAGAAUUUUGGCUGUAUUGCCAUUUAUUUAAAGUGCCGAGAGUUAAGAAAAGCAGAUGCCUGAAGCGUUUAGGGGAAAGCAUUUUUUUUUUUUUUUUUAAUUUAGAUUACUGAGCACGGCCAAAGGGGUUUAUGUGAGCAAUUUAUGGCACGAGUAUGGUAUAUGUGCAUUGCAAAGGAAUAAGCACUAGCAUGAUCUAUUUGUGACCAGUUUUAUUAAAUUGCUAACAAUUGCUGAAAUUCAAGUAAGUAGGUGUGAAGUAUUGGUUUUUAUGUUGUAUUGAACUUUGUUUGGGACAUUAAAUUCAAUGGACAGGUUAUGAUUUACCAGAUAAUAUAUAUAAUAUUGCAAACCGUUUCACUUCAAUUGGGGAAGUGGGUGUAAGGAGGAAAAAUGUGUGGAAAAGAGAGAUUGUUUUUCCAUGUAAAAAUUAUUAUUUAGAACUGGUAAAAAACAUGACAGGUUCGGUUUUAUUUAACGAGUUCCAAUUUUUAGCUAAAUUGGCGCCAUUACUAUCCCUCAGCUGUGGAGAACAAUGUUUCUUUCUGGAUUAUAAGCAUUUGCUUGUAUCAUUUUGACUUGUAAAUUCAGUAUUCUACAACAUGGCAGCUUAAUAGUGAAUUCUGAUGAUCUGUGAUUCUUUAUCCUGAUUGACCAUUGAUUCAUUAAGUUAAAUAAAAGUUGGCUAAAUUUGGAUGAAGAGAAAGUUGGGGUGAAUUCAACCACAAUUGGUCUUUUUGCAAGUUUUCAAUUAACAGAAAAUUCUUUU